UACUACUACUAUUACUCAUCAGUGUCUGAAAGUUUUGAUGAUCAGUCUCAUUAUUUUCACCAUUCUACUCUCUAUUUGCUAGUAACUACAUACUCAGCCUUAUUAUCAGCUUCUUGAAUUUGAAAGAAAGUAGUUGUUGUUCAUCAGAAUCUGUAUGAUGGACACAACAAGGCAAGGGAGUAGUAGCAAUGAGAUGCAACCCUUUGUUGUUAAUAGCAAUAGGAACAAUAAUAAUUAUAACUACUAUUCACAUAGAUCAAUAGAGACACUUGUGGUUGUGAUAGCAGUGAUCACAAUAGUAGGUGUCAUUGCUGGAAUGAUAGCAAGGUUAUGUGGUGGAAGACACUUCAAUGGUGACCAUGACAUUGAAGGUUGGGUUGAGAACAAGUGUAGAAGUUGCAUUGAUGGAGGACUACCACCUCCACCACCUCAAGAAGAACCACAACCACCACCAAAACCAGCAGCACCAACUACAACAACAACAACAACUGAUGAAGCAGCAGCAAGUAAAUGAAGAAAUUAACACAAAACAUUAUUGUAAGUUUGUUACUACAAUAAUAAUAUAUAUAUAAUACAAGUUCAUGCUGAUUAUGUAUGUAUAGAGUUAUGUUAAUUAGUAGAACCUUAAAAGUAUAGUAAUCUACCAUUGAUGUUGGACUAUUAUUAAUGCUUUAGUUGCUGUCACUGCGCUUUUUUUCAAUCAAGGAAAUUUAA